GAAAGAGAUAGCGCAAUGCCGGCAGCUACGAGCGGCAGGGGCCCUGCUGGUGCUACGCGCUUGUCGCUUCCAUCCACAGUGGCGCCGCUUCGAUCUGGCACUAUUGCGCGACUGGCUCGGUCGUCCAGGGAUUUAAUCGAUCAACUUGGCGUCGUGAGUGACAGGGGAGUGAUUGAGAGCUGGGAAUGGAGUGGAGGAGGAGGCUGGGACUAGCAUUGUGGAUUUUUGGGCGAUUUCUUCUCCACGUACUGGGAGCUACUAAUACUCGAGAUGUUGCUGCUUUGCAGCUCCUUUUCAAGAACUGGCAAUCAACCCAGCUCAACUGGACGGAUUAUGAUCCCUGUGGCUCUUCCUGGCGGGGAGUUGUGUGUAACAACAGCACAAACUCGGUUAUACGAUUGAUUUCCAACCGAGGAGACAUAACUGGCACACUGUCAUCCGCUAUUGGAGAUCUCACCGAUUUAGUGGCCCUGGACCUUUCCUUCAACCCACAAUUGACAGGAGAGAUUCCAAAAGAGCUCGGCCGGCUGACAAACUUGCAAUACUUGAGUUUGCAAGGAUGCAACUUUUAUGGAUCAGUGCCAAAAGAGCUUGGGCUUCUCAAAAACUUGAAGUUCUUUGCGUUAAACAUGAACAAAUUGACAGGAAGUAUUCCUCCGGAGCUUGGUGGCUUCCCGAAUGUUACUUGGUUUGACAUCGCACAAAAUGGUCUUACUGGUCCGCUGCCAGUUUCUACGUCAGUUCCUCAAAAUAUUGGCCUCGACAACCUCACCAGCGUUGUUCACAUCCAUCUCUUCAACAACUCACUAUCAGGAAAUCUACCUAAGGAACUUGCGACGCUAAAGUCCCUUAGACACUUGAUGGUUGAAAACAACGCUCUCACUGGAGAAAUUCCAGUGGAGUACGGAAACUUUGCGGCUUUAGAGAUUUUGAGGGUUGACAAUAAUCGUGUUCAAGGUACCAUUCCCGCUACUAUCAAUCAGAUACCAAAGCUUUUGGAACUGCACCUUGCCAACAACAGUCUAGUGGGUACUCUGCCAGAUUUUUCUGCUCUGAAGGGCAUACUGCUUUUAAAUGUGGGUGAAAACGUUUAUGGCCCUCAACCGUUUCCGCCGGGCAUUUCAAAUCUCACAAACUUGCAAACAUUGAAAAUUGACAAGGGGUUUCUGAAUGGGACGAUUCCAGAUGGCCUCUUUGCGCUUCCGGCACUAGAAUCUGUCUCUCUUUCUAAUAAUCAGCUAUCAGGAACAGUCACUUUUCCGAGUACUGUAAAGCGACUAAAGUCUGUAAACUUGAACGGCAACAUGAUCACUCAAGCUAUAGGCAUUGUUGACAGCUUCAAUCUCUCCCUGGUGGGAAAUCCAGUUUGUAGCGACAAUAGCUUUCAUCUGUCCCAAGCUGUCUGCGCGCCAAUAAUCUCACCAACUUGGAACUCUACCAAUCAAACCUGUUCAAUCACUUGUACCGACGGCAAGCUCCGGAAUCUGGAACUGUGUUCGUGUGCUUUCCCUGUCACUAUCAUCUUCCAGUUCAAUGCUCCAUCCUUCUCGGACAUCAGCCAGGACAGAAUGAAUACUGUCAAAGCAAACGUCUCUUAUCAAACUCUCGUAGCUCCGGAACGGGUGACGGUAGGAGGUGCUGCAUGGAUGUCAAGCUAUCGACUUCAAGUUAUAGUUUAUGUGUUUCCUGAGAAAGGAAAGGACAAGAUGGAGUACAGGGAGUCUGAGAAGAUACUUACGCGAAUUGCUCUCCAUACAAAUGCUAGUUUUCCAGCGGAAUUCGGGCCUUAUUCUGUCAUCUCGGCUUUUGCACUUGGAGGUAAUAUUGCUGCAAAAAAAUCAAGUCUUAGCAAAGGUGCAGUUGCUGGGAUCUCAGUUGGAGCAGUUGCGGUAGUCCUGGCUGUAGUUGCGGCUGUCACUUAUGCUAUGUUCCAGAAGAAAAGAGCAGACAAAGCACUAUCCAAACCAUUCACUUCUUGGGGAUCAAUGGGAAAAAGCGGAAGCGCACCAAAGCUCAAAGGUGCUCGAUAUUUCUCACUCCACGAACUUAAUAAGGCGACGAAUAAUUUCAGCAGUGCAAAUGAGAUUGGCUCUGGAGGCUAUGGAAAGGUGUACAAAGGUGUUUUAGUAACAGGAGAAGAAGUAGCAAUCAAGAAAGCUGAGGAAGGAUCCAUGCAAGGCAGCGGCGAGUUUAAGACUGAGAUCGAACUUCUAUCGCGCGUGCACCACAGAAACCUCGUUGGGCUCAUUGGAUUUUCCUACGAGCAAGGAUCACAGAUGCUCGUUUAUGAAUACAUGGCGAGCGGCAGCUUGAGAGAUCAUCUUGCAAAUUCAAGGCACCUCAGCUGGAACAAACGCGUUGAGAUUGCUCUUGAUUCAGCCAAAGGUCUGGCUUACCUCCACGAACUUGCCAGUCCUUCUAUCAUCCACAGAGACAUCAAGUCAGGCAACAUCUUACUCGACGAGAAUCUGAAAGCCAAGGUUGCUGACUUCGGGCUGGGAAAGGAGGACAGGGCUCACGCCUCUAUAACACAAGUCAAAGGAACACUGGGAUACAUCGAUCCAGAGUAUUACAUGACGCAGCAGCUCACCGAGAAGAGCGACGUCUACAGCUUCGGUGUGGUGCUCUUGGAGCUUCUAACAGCGCGGCAGCCGAUCUCUCGCGGGAAAUACAUCGUGAGAGAGGUGAAAACAGCUCUGGACAGGGGUGGCUUGACGGCUCUCGGAGCUUUACUGGAUCCCAACCUGGAGAACGUUCCACAGAGCGAUCUCAUCAAGUUUGUGGACUUGGCACUCCAGUGCGUCGAAGAGGCGGGGGCCAACAGGCCAAGCAUGGGCCAAGUCGUGAAGCAGCUCGAGCUCUUGCUCCUCAUUGACGGCAACGACGCUAGCGGCAAUGGGUUUGAGUUUAGCGGAACCAGAGAUGGAAGUUUGUAUGACGAUACAGACGUUCUCUCGCGUGGCAACGAUCCAGAGUUUGCUUAUAGCGGGAUCUUCCAGUCCAAUGUGCUUCCCAAUGAAUUGGAUGUGACACGAGCUCUCGAGCGUGAGAGAGAGAGAGAGAGCGCUUGGAUUUCGUGGAUGCGCGGCGCUACAUUGCCGUCCAAUCUCUGGCGGGCAGAUUUUCUGGAAAUUUCGAGCUCCUGGGGUUACAAAUGCCGUGAUAGGCACGGCCGCGGUGCCAUGGAGUGGAUUGCGCUGUGGUUUCUUGUUCUUGGUGUCAUCAUCCAUCGAGCUUCUCCCUCCACGUUCGAAUCUGACACGUCUGCGCUGAGGCUCGUGUCACGGGGCUUUCGCAACGCCAAUUUGCGGUGGAGUGGUGAUGAUCCGUGUGGAUCUCGGUGGAUUGGAGUUUCGUGCAAUUCAUACAACGUGACCAAGUUGAUACUGAACAACAUGAAUAUAGCCGGGCAGCUGCCACUGUCGAUUGGAAACCUUGCAAAUCUCCAAACACUGGAUUUGUCGUUUAAUCCCGACCUGACUGGGCCUCUUCCCAAAACUUUGGGCCAGCUGACGAAACUGGAAUUCCUAAACUUGCAAUCGUGUGGCUUCACUGGAGAUAUUCCGUUCGAGAUUGGAGGGCUGAAGAGCCUCAGAUUUUUGGCCUUGAACAUGAAUAAGUUAAGCGGUGUGAUUCCUCCAGAACUGGGAAGGCUUUCGUCAGUCUACUGGUUUGAUCUGGCACAAAAUCAAAUCGCUGGCCCACUGCCUGUCUCAUCUGGAAACUCUCAAAACAUUGGGCUUGAUAACUUGACAGCGGCAGUUCACUUCCACUUGAACAGUAACAAGUUCACAGGUUCCAUUCCGCCAGAAAUAUGUUUCUUACCUGAACUCAAGCACUUGUUACUGGACAAUAACGGCUUCUCUGGAGAAGUUCCCGAUGAAAUUGGAAACUUUUCCAAGCUGACCAUUAUGAGACUUGACAAAAAUCAAUUUACUGGAUCACUGCCGAGCAGUUUGGGGUGGAUAUCAACCCUCUUUGAAAUAAACACCAAUGAUAACGCUUUUACUGGAACGUUACCUGAUCUAAGCGGGUUGAAAGCUCUCCAACUAAUAAGCGUUGGAAACAACUCCUUUUCUCCUCAGCCAGUUCCAUCAUUUGCAGGCUUGACUGGACUCCAGACAAUAGAAAUCAACGAUGGCAACUUGAUUGGUCCCAUUCCAGACGGGUUCUUUCAGUUCGCUAGGUUGGAGUCUGUCUCCUUGACUGACAACAGCAUAAAUGGGACGGUAGAUUUCACGGGUGCUUCACCAUCCCUUGUUAAGGUCCAGCUGGAUAACAAUAAGAUCACAAACCUGAACAUCGGGAGUGGCGUGUUUACUCUUUCCCUGGCAGGGAAUCCAGUUUGUGAUGGCGGUAGGCUGUCCGAUGUAGUAUGUGCAAGCAAACCAUGGAAAGAAAAUGUUACCUGCGCAAAUUCCUGCUCUGGUCAACAGGCGCUAAAUCCCAAUACGUGCUCCUGCGGUUUGCCGCUCAACUUCAGAUUCCAGUUCAAUGCCCCGACUUUUUCAAGUAUGACCACAGACAGGGCCAACAUUCUCAGGAAGUCGCUCUAUGAUGGACUCAGUUUGUCUCCCGACCAAGUCUGGGUGGACACUGCAAACUUCACGAGCGACAAAAGGCUGCUGGUUGAAGUUUUUAUACAGCUUCGUGUGAGCAGAGACAGCGCUUCAUUUAUAUACAGCCAGAUCAGUAUGCACCAGCUUAACUUGGACUACUUUGGUCCAUACUCGCUGAUCGUCCGACCCCCCCCGAUAGGCGAAGAGGGAGAAAAGCAUGGGAUCAGUACUGCUGUCGUCGUGGGAAUUAUUGUUGCUGUUCUGCUUGCCGCCAUCAUCGUGAUAUUCAUCGGGAUCUAUGCAUAUAAGCAGAAGAGAAGAGCAGACAAGGCCAUAGUUUCCAAUCCUUUUGCAUCUUGGGGAAGCCGUGGAAAAGACAGCGGCACUGCUCCACAACUUAAGGGAGCUCGAUUCUUUUCCAUUGCGGAGCUGAAGAAAGCUACGAAUAAUUUCAUCAGCAGCAGUGAGAUAGGAUCUGGCGGGUAUGGGAAAGUUUACAAAGGAACUUUGUCGACUGGAGAGGAGGUUGCGAUAAAAAGAGCUCAAGAAGGGUCAUUGCAAGGCGCAGGCGAGUUUAAGAACGAGAUUGAGCUGUUAUCUCGCGUACACCACAGGAACCUUGUCGGACUUAUCGGCUUUUGCUACGAGAGUGGAGAGCAAAUGCUGGUCUACGAGUACAUGCCGAAUGGAACAAUAAGAGAGCACCUGCCAGGUACAUAGCAAAGUGAUUUCUAAAGACGCGUCAACUUUUUUCUUUUCACAGACCGGAUGGAAAUGCUCAGCUGGAGGAAGAGACUGGAAAUUGCUGUGGGGUCUGCUAAAGGAAUAUCUUAUCUGCACGAGCUUGCAAAUCCACCAAUUAUUCACAGGGAUAUAAAAUCAAGCAACAUCCUUUUGGAUGAAAAGUUCGUUGCCAAGGUCGCUGACUUUGGGCUGUCCAAGCUUGUUCCACAAACAGAUGGCAAAGGCCAUGUUUCGACACAAGUGAAAGGAACUCUGGGAUACUUGGAUCCAGAGUAUUAUAUGACACAGCAGCUUACAGAGAAAAGCGACGUGUACAGCUUUGGAGUUGUUCUCUUGGAGCUUAUCACAGCCAAGCAGCCAAUCGAGCAUGGUAGAUACAUCGUUCGCGAAGUAAAAGCAGCUCUCGACAGAGGAGGCCUCUCUUAUCUUCUACCGUUGCUGGAUCCAUACCUCAGAGACUAUCCUCGAGAGGAUCUUGACAAGUUCUUGGAGAUAGCCUUGAGCUGCGUCGACGAGUCUGCUAGCAACCGGCCAACCAUGAACGAAGUUGUCAAGGAGCUCGAGAUUUUACUGUCACACAUCUCCAGCUCUGGAUUCACAAGGGAGGCGCGAGCCAGCCCCUUGUACAGCGAUACCAAGUCUCUCAGGUCUGACGAUUCAUCCUUCCAGUACAGUGGCAGAUUUCCUCAAGUAGUGGAACCAAAGUGAAGUAAGUUUUGUUUACUUUUGGUUCCUUUGGGCUGAUGAGUUUCUUGCGGAUGUACCAUCCAGUGUUUUAUAUCCUGAGUUGUAAAAAACCAGUUUUUUUUCCUAGGUAGGUUGAAGAGCAUGGUAAUAAGAAGAGGCCCUCUUGGUAAGGUUUCAA